AUGGAUGUACAGUAUUCAGCAGACUGGCGGGAUAAUAAACCUUUGCCUGAAUGUAUGAUGUUUAUGCUACAGAACGAAAUCAUGUGUGACGUCACACUUAGAGUAGGCCAUGAUAUAAUACCUAUUAAAGCACACAAGUAUAUGUUGUCGAGCCGAAGUGCCGUCUUCCAUACCAUGUUUGAGGGGUCUCUGCCAGAAAAAGGAGAAAUAACAAUACCUGAUAUUGAAGAAAAUACCUUUCGAGAUAUUCUGAAAUAUAUUUAUUGCGAUCAAAUUACAAUUACAAACGACAAUGUGAAGGAGAUACUGUAUGCUGCUGAUAAGUAUAUGUUAGCUGCAGUUAAAAGAGGAUGUGAGACAGUUCUUAAACAAACGGCACAAUCAGAGCAUGCAACCAAGGCUUUACAAACCGCAUACCAACACAAUCUAUCAGAUCUUCAGCGGGAAAGUCUUGACUAUAUUGAGAUUAAUACAAAGGAAUGUCUGCUGUCCGAAUAUGCAUUAAGUCUUUCCAAGGAUUGUUUACAGCUAAUUUUGAAUUCAGGUUAUCUCAACUGCUCAGAAACAGACAUCUGCCAUUUUAUCAUAAAAUGGGGUGAACAUCAAUGUACGCUUGCAAAUUUAGAGCCUUCUGGUGGAAACAUCCGCGACGUUCUGGGGAAUAAUUUGUACUUGAUUAGAUUCCAAGAUGUUGAUAUGAAAUUGUUUUCAAAAAAGGUCGCUGUGUCUGGUUUACUUACAAAUGACGAGACGGUAUCCAUUUAUCAGUCACAUUUCGGUGAAGAAUCAAAAAUCUUUUGUAACAGCAAAAGAAUUCCCGUUACGCAACGAGAGACCUUUAAAGUCAAUCGAUAUGAACAGAUAAGCCAACCUAUGACAUCAAGAGGAAUACAUUCUAUAAUGUUUUUCUCGGAUAAUGAUAUUUGGCUUAAAGGUGUACAUAUUUUUCUUCCUUACGUUGCGCAAUCUUCCGGAUAUCAUAAUACCACCGGAAAUGUCAGUAACUACGUCAACAUAAGCAUACAAAUACUGAAUGAUUCAAAUGAAGAAACAAUUCGCCACGAUCAACGAUUGAUCUAUGGUCCAAAUUACGAUAAAGUUAUGGAAGUGAACUUUUGUAAACCAAUUCAUAUUAAUUCUAGGAGGGAUUACACAAUUCAAAUGAAUGGGAUGUCUAAUCAAACUUAUUAUGGAACAAACUGUAAAGAAUCUGUCACAGAACCGCAAUCUGGGGUUACUUUACAGUUCAAGGACUCGUCAGUUGGUGGUAAUGAAACGAACAUUAGUACUGGACAAUUUGCAGGACUAUCAUUUAGUGUUUAA